AUGGCCACGCCUCUCCAGUUUGCGACGUUUACGUCGGAGAUUGAGCUACCCUUUUAUUCGGCUCUUUUUGCCUCCAAGCUCGACUAUGACAAGCUGGAUGACUCUGCGAGAAACGUGCUCGGUUUGUAUGAGUCGAGAGUUGAGGAACCACAGGCUAGUUGCAAGAUGCAGAUUCUUGGUAAUGCCCUGACCAACCAAAAGGUUGGGACGUGGCGAUAUAGCGUUGACAGUCGUCAACAUGGGUUUUUUCUCGCGAAAAAGGUUCGUGGCCAGGAGAUGCAAACCGAAGAUAUCGAAGGCUCGAACAGCAUAGGCUUUAGAUGGGAAGUCAGCACAUUGGGCAGCUUCGAGGAGGGCUUCUUCAACGACAUCCCCGAAGAGGAUCGCUACGUCGCUUUCGCCGACCCAUCCACCUACGCUGAAGGACCUGGCUGGCCACUCAGAAAUCUCCUGGUUCUCAUCCGACAGCGCUUCCGGGCGUCCAGGGCCAAGAUUCUGUGCUACAGAGACACCUGGGCCCGAAGACACGAAGCCAGGAGUGUCGUGCUCCCCAUCGAAAUGGACCCCGUGGAAACGACGGAGAUGGGAGAAAUGCCCAAGGUCACAGGGUGGGAGAGGUCGCGAAACGGAAAACUUCAAGCCCAGCAAGCCAACCUCGCAGAUUACAUGGACCCGACGAGACUGGCCGAUUCAUCCGUCGACUUGAACCUGAAGCUGAUGAAGUGGCGUCUCGCACCCGACCUUGACUUGGACCUUAUCAAGAACACAAAGUGUCUCCUGCUGGGAGCCGGAACACUGGGAGGCUACGUCUCAAGAAACUUGCUAGGCUGGGGUGUGAGGAAGGUGACAUUCGUCGACUACGGCAGGGUCUCGUACUCAAAUCCCGUACGACAACCACUAUUCGAGUUCAGCGACUGCACAAACGGCGGGCAGCCAAAGGCAGCGGCCGCAGCGGCCAUGCUAAAACGCAUCUACCCCGGUGUUGAAAGCGAAGGACAUGCUCUCUCUGUGCCAAUGCUUGGCCAUGCAUUCACAGACGAGGAGAAGACGAGGACCGACUUGGAAAGGCUCGAGGGCUUGAUUGAGGACCACGACGUCAUUUUUCUGUUGAUGGAUACCCGUGAGUCGCGUUGGCUACCGACGGUGAUAGGAAAGGCCCGAGAAAAGAUUGUCAUGAAUGCCGCUCUUGGAUUCGACUCUUAUGUCGUCAUGCGCCAUGGAGCCGAGACGAGGGAGAAGGGACAGACAUCUCUCGGCUGUUACUUUUGCAACGAUGUCGUGGCCCCAGCCGAUUCAAUGAAGGACCAGACCCUCGACCAGCAAUGUACGGUAACCCGGCCCGGCGUCGCAGCCAUCGCAUCUGCCCUCCUGGUUGAGCUGCUCACUAGUCUCCUCCAACACCCGCUCCGAAACCAAGCGCCAGCACCCCAACAUACACCAGGAAGUAUUCCCGACCGCGACCCUCCCAGCCAUCCUCUAGGUCUGGUCCCCCACCAAAUUCGCGGCUACGUAUCUACGUUCCAAAACAUUAACAUUCGGGGUCAAUCGUACGACUGCUGCAGCGCCUGUAGCCCCAAGGUGUUGGAUGCAUAUCGCACAGAGGGAUGGGGUUUCGUCAAGAGGGCAUUGCAGGAGAAGGACUACGUUGCUGAGCUGUCCGGGUUGGCGGAGGUCCAGAGGCGCGCAGAGGAGAUGGCGGCGAAUGUGGACUGGGAAGAAGAUGACGAUCUUGUAGAGGACGGGGAGGGGGAGUUACUUUGA